GGGUCGGGUCGCGGAGAGAGUGAGAAGCUCCGCGGCCGCCACCCCGCGCCCUCGCAGCGCCUUCGCGCCGACGAAACGGCUACCAAGAAGUAGAUGCCCAGCUGUAAUGGUGAGGAACUAGUCCGUGUGUCAUGGACUAAGAUGCGGGUUAGCAUCCAUCUAGGGACAAAAUUAUAUCUGUUUUUCUCAGAAAAGGAUUCUAAAAGGUUAAGGUAACAAACGAAGACAUUAUAUUUUGAAAUAUGAUUAAUCUCCUGAUGCAGCAUCAGAGACUAACAAUAUUAAUGGACAGAUCUAGUGCUCACAUGGUCUUCUGAAGAAGCCAUGGGUAGCUGUUGUAGCUGUCCAGAUAAAGACACUGUCCCAGAUAACCAUCGGAACAAGUUUAAGGUCAUUAACGUGGAUGAUGAUGGCAAUGAGCUAGGCUCUGGUAUCAUGGAGCUCACAGACACAGAACUGAUUCUGUACACCCGGAAGCGGGACUCAGUGAAAUGGCACUACCUCUGCCUGCGACGGUACGGCUACGACUCAAAUCUGUUUUCUUUUGAAAGUGGUCGAAGGUGUCAAACUGGACAAGGAAUUUUUGCUUUCAAGUGUGCCCGUGCAGAAGAAUUAUUUAACAUGCUGCAAGAGAUUAUGCAAAAUAAUAGUAUAAAUGUGGUGGAAGAGCCAGUUGUAGAAAGGAAUAGUCAUCAGACAGAAUUGGAAGUCCCUAGAACACCUCGAACACCUACGACUCCAGGGCUUGGUGCUCAGAACUUACCCAAUGGGUACCCCCGGUACCCCUCGUUUGGAGAUGCUUCAUCCCACCCCUCAAGCCGGCACCCUUCUGUGGGAAGUGCUCGCUUACCUUCAGUUGGCGAAGAGUCCACACACCCUUUGCUCGUGGCUGAGGAACAAGUACAUACUUACGUUAACACUACAGGUGUGCAAGAAGAGCGGAGAAACCGAGCAAGUGUGCAUGUUCCCGCAGAGGCAAGGGUUUCUAAUGCUGAAAGCAACACACCGAAGGAAGAGCCGAGUAACACUGAAGACAGGGACCCUCAAGUGCUUCUUAAGCCUGAGGGGGUCAAGUUUGUGUUAGGACCAACUCCUGUUCAGAAGCAGUUGAUGGAAAAGGAGAGACUGGAGCAACUUGGAAAAGACCCAGUCAGUGGGAGUGGUGCGAGUAGCACGGAGUGGGACACUGGCUACGACAGCGAUGAACGCAGAGACGUGCCCCCUGUUAACAAACUGGUGUAUGAAAAUAUAAAUGGGCUAUCUAUCCCUGGUGCCUCAGGGGUCAGGAGAGGUCGUCUGACAUCUACCAGCCCCUCAGACACCCAGAAUAUCAACAACUCAGCGCAGAGAAGACCUGCACUAUUAAACUAUGAAAAUUUACCAUCUUUGUCUCCUGUUUGGGAAGCCCGCAAGCUCAGUAGGGAUGAAGAUGACAACUUAGGACCAAAGACCCCAUCUCUAAAUGGCUACCAUAAUAAUCUAGAUCCAAUGCAUAACUAUGUUAAUACAGAGAAUGUAACAGUGCCGGCAAGUGCUCACAAAAUAGACUAUUCAAGGCGUAGGGAUUGUACACCAACAGUCUUUAACUUUGAUAUCAGGCGCCCCAGUUUAGAACAUAGGCAACUCAAUUAUAUACAGGUGGAUUUGGAAGGGGGCAGUGACUCUGACAACCCUCAGACUCCAAAAACGCCAACCACUCCCCUCCCACAAACCCCCACCCGGCGCACAGAGCUGUACGCUGUCAUAGACAUUGAGAGAACUGCUGCUAUGUCCAACUUGCAGAAAGCACUGCCGAGAGACGACGGUACCUCUAGGAAGACCAGACACAAUAGUACUGACCUGCCCAUGUGAGCCCGGAAGCAUUGCGUCCUCGCUCGCACCUUCGUGAAGGUUUUCAGAGUGAAGAUGAAUGCUUCGUUUUCAUUUCUACACUAAGUCCUUUUAUAGAUUCUCCUUUUUUUCCCUGAGUAUUUCCUGUGCAUCUUUAAAGGGAGUUAAUACAGAGCAGGUACUCCGUGAAGAACACUAGUCUCGUGACAGUCACAGUGCAGCAGCAGCCUCCCAUUCUCACAGUGCCUAUUUAACAUGAGAACUGCAGUAAAGGACGUGCUGCCGCCUGGUCUGUACUCAGUGUUCUGGGGGUAUGCAUCUCCUUCAUGUCUAAGGUGUGGCUGGCAUUUGAACCUUUUCUAAAGUCUCUUGAUAAUGUGCAUUGCUAACCUAACUCUAGGCCCUGAGAGGAAUCCUCAUAGAUGACUGGUCACAGGGUACGGUCUCCAGCAUGGAAUGUGAGGAUUUUAUUUUGUUAGUUCAAGGCUUUUUGACUUGGGCCAAAUUUGUGUAAAAGAAACAAAGAGAACCACACUUCCUUUUGUACUAGUCAGCUCCUCUGUCUUCGGUGUACUAGAAAGAGUCCAGUCUUGUAACAAUAGUUGUGUAUUGGAAAGCAGACAGGAGACAGCUCUGUGUCCUCACCUCCCGGUGUCAUUUGAAGGACGUGUCCAGAUAGCAUCUUAUUCAAGAGUUAUGAUGGGUUUAGGAAUCAGUCUCAGGUCACUUUACCCGAAAACGUUUGAAAGUCUCCACCAUGAUCUCUUGGUGUGUCUUUGUGAUAGAUGAUACCAACAGCACACUGUUUCUGGAGACAUUUGUAACAUUGAAUCCCCAGUAGCUUCAGGUUUUCACCCCUUUGAUCUUUGGGUUGUCUUACCUUGUUAUGUAAUAUCUUUUUCAAUUUACAAUACAAUGUUUGUGUAUCGUUUUGAAUGGGAUUGUGUGUUUGCUGUUUCUACUUAGUCUGCAUUUUUCUCGUUAUGGUCUUGAAGGUCCUUUUGGAACUGACAGUUAUUCUCUAACAGGGCUGCCCUUGUCCAGUAUUUAUUUAUCUGCUGUUUACUUUUCAAGAUGAUGAAAAAAGCAUAGUUUGGAUUUUAAAUUUCAUUUGUGUUCAGGGUGAUCUCUUUAGUAGCUAAGAAGAAAAGGAAGAUAUUCUUAAAUAUGUGAGUCUCCGAAGGUCCUGUCUUCUCUGGGUGCCCUGUGCAGCACUUUAGCAGGGGUUGUCUCAGCUCCACGGCUACAGGCCCGCUUUGCCCGCUCUGCCAGCUCUGCUGUCAGCUGACGUGGAGCUGGGCCCUUAUCCCGUGAUGUUGGUGAGCUGUUGACAUUGUUGCCAGCAUAGCAGGUACAGGGGAGCUCUGAAGCAGUGCGAUUAUGUCAUAACUGAGGAUGUGAAGUGAAUAAAGUUUAUAUAAACUGAUGAGAUCCCAGAUGUUGAACUCUUGGAAGUCAAGAAUGCUCCCAAGCCACUGUGUAAUAAAGAGAAGGGAAGAGUGAAAGGACAGGCAGCCUUACAAAAUAGUUUACUUUUUUAUUCUAAAGUUGAGGAAGUUUCGUAUUAUGAUCUGGAUAUUCCAGCUGUGACUAACAGGGACUGGAUUAGCAGAACAGUAGCGUGGGGCCAUGAUACGUAAGUCAUUGUGUGUGCUCAUCUUCAGUGCCAUUGGUUUAGAGCUUAGCAGACGUUCCCUUUUCCUUGUCCCUCUGUGAACUAAAAUGUUCGCUGUUCUCUUCAACAUGUGCAGUUUCCAUGCCUAAUACACUAUUCCAUUUGUCCUUUCUUCUGAGUACCUUGCUAAUAAUUGUGCCAAAUUUCAGUGGUGGUUUUUGUGAGGUGGGGUAAGGAUGCUGAUGGGAAGAACCCUCAUUUCCUUGGAAUGUCUGAGCAGUCCGGACAGAAGUAAGUCUCCACCUCAGAGGGCAGGUCUGCUCGGUCAUCUGCAGGCUGAGGGCUUUGUUCUUCCCUUGUACACUUUACUUUUCCCUUCAGAUUUGAAUUAGAUUUUAUAUUUUUUAGCUGACUAAUAUCAUCAUGACAGCUAUUGCUUUAAGUAGUACAUGGCUUAAGAAUGCAAACGGGACCAGUGUGUGUGCUAAGCAUUUGAUUUUGGGGUACAAUAUGAAUACUAGGACGAGGUAAACAGGUGUGUUAACUUGUAGACGUCUUCUGGAAACCACUUUUGUUUCUGUUUAGUCAGUCACAUAGAGCGCCUGUGUCCUUUCCAGUUGUCUCCUGAUGGGCAUUAAGCUUUGUCCUGGAAGAAUGUGCCUGUUACUGUUGGGUGAAUUUUAGAGUGAGAUACUUUAUUGGCAUAUAUUUGAAGCCAUAUGUCUCAGAUUUUCUGAAGCAAACCUAAUUUUAGGUAAUUGGGUGUGUUGAUCAGACCAUGUGACCCCACUUUUUGGGUUUGGAAAUAUAACCCUUGCUCCUUUGUUCUCCCCCACAUUAAAUCCGUUUUCAGUCCGUAUAGAUCCUAACAUGUUUUUUCCAGACCAGGGCUGGAGACUGACAAGAGUAUCACUAGUGUUUUCUGAAGGUUGUGUUCCCCAGUUUCAUCUUCCUUUGAAAAGUGAGAAUAUGGUGCCUUCCUUCCCUCCUUCCAAGAAGGUUUGCAAAUUGUUCCUGUAUCCCCCGCUGCUGUGAGUGAUGAGACAUGCACUUUACUCUUGAAGAUUCAGCAAAAAGCUUUUCACUUCUCAGUAUAUCCAGAAUAGAUCACAUUUCGGACUUCAGAAACUGCCAAUCAGUCUUUGUCAUUACAGAUAUUAAUGUUGCCUCCCCCAGCCCCUCCUCAUACUAUGUUAUAAGUCAAACUGGUGUUUGUUUAUGCUCCCCACUGCACCCACCCCAAAUCUGUGGCACAGCAUAUAAAGAUGUACCUCACUAAAGUUCUAUUAAAAAUGGGACAGGGGCCUUAAAUUUUCGUAAUUCCCCAGCAAUGUGCCACCAUGUAUUUGCCUCAAGGCAGAGGUUUAACAAGCUAACAAGUGCGUCCCUGUUCCCCUGUGCUGUUUUCUACCCACAAGACCCAAGUGUUUGUGCAAUGUGUAGUGUGUAUGUAUAAAUAUAUAUAUGUAUAUUCUUUAGAGACAUCAUUCAGAAGUAAUGUAUUGGCAUCUCAUUCAUAUUUCUGAUGUGAAGUAUAUGGUACUAUUUACUUUUCCUUAAUGUUUGCCAAAUUUGCAUCAAGGCUUUGGUACAGAAUUACAGCAUGUGUGGAAAACGUUUUGGCUUGAAGAGUUAACCUGAAACCCUUCCCCAUCAGUGCGCUCUGCGCAGACCAGCACCCUGCCGUCUUGCUGCCCGCUUCCUGUCCCUGUGUCCUCGAUUUCCAGGGUGUAACACAAUUCUUUCAUAGCAUCCUACCAUUGCAGUUCUCUGGCAGUUGGACAAUGACAACGUGGAAACAGGCUGGUAUAGAUAGAUAGUACAGUAGUCACCAGGGUGCCGCAUUCACAUUAAUUAGUAAACGCAAAAUAGAUGUUUUAUAAAGGACAGACUUUGUGUUAUGUUUCUAUUUUCAUUAUAUUGUAUAAUAAUGUAAGAUUAUUGUAUGUUCUAAUUUGCAUUAUAAGUGUUUUUUUCCUACAUAAAGGCAUAAAUAUAGCAAUGUUGUAUAAAGGUAGCUUAUUAGAUUUUAAUUUUUCUUUUAUAAAAGUUGUCUACAGUGGGACUACCAUUGCCAAAUUGUACAUGAGAUAUGAAUUUUCCCCUAUGGUUAAUUUCUUUUCUAAACAUUCCAUAUUUCUCUAAUGAAAGAUGUGAUACUGUACUAUGCAUAAAUUGUGUUUUAAUGCUGUUUCAUAUCAGCAGGUUAAUUUUGCAUUGGCAGACGUAACCACUGUUAUUACAAUAAAACCUUGUGUGUGUAACGGCGUCGCUGGCCCUCUGGCCCCCUGUCCUUGUUCUUGCUCCCCCGUCAGUGCCAAUGUCAGACGUCCUGUAGCAUGGCAAUAAAACAGACCUGUUACACCGAGGCCGAGUGUGGCUUUGUGGAGGGCGUGGGGGUGGGAGGACCGCCCUGUAGUCGUCCUAGUGUGGGCCUGCUCUGCCGUAUCAGCCAUGUUGUCAGGUGUAAAAAGUUACAUAUGAUGUAAACAUGCUUUAAGGACAAGUGUGGGUGUACUUGAAAGCUUUGUUUUUGAUGUAACAAGUAAUAACUAGUUUUUAAUCUUUGGAAAAGUCAGAGUCCUUGAAGUACAAUCAAGCCUUUAUUAACUGGAGUACUUAAAGAAUAAGCUAAUAAUGGAAUUUUGUUCAACAAGGGCUAAGCAACACUUUUAAAUUUUUAUUUAUUGUGAGUACUAGUAUACUUUACUAUCCUACAGUUGCAAUGUGUAAAAUGUGGUUUCAUCUUGGACUGCGUAGCAUCUUGCAAUGCCUUACUCUUACCAUUCUGGCAUCGGUAUCCAUGACAAGGACUCAAAUAGAUGCUGGAAGCUGAGCUGACUGUACACUGACCCUAAGCAUUCAUGAAAAACUGCUUGGUUGAAUAAAAUCUGAUGAGUUCUUAUGGUCACCUUUCCCUUAUCGCCAAAAGUAGAUUGCAAUAAAACCCAAAUAAAAAUUUGGUUGCAUACUCA